AUGUCUCUUCUGCCAGCAAUCAUUGAUGACUUUAAGAAACUCGAGAAAGGUGUAAAAAUGUUCUCCGCUGAAGACAAUGAGUAUGUUCUGGUUGUUGCUCCCAUCCUUUGGAUUGAGGCUGACACGCCAUGUCAUUCGGAACUUUGCGGAUUGCUUGGGCCGGCCACCACAUUUCCUUGCAGAAGAUGCUACAUCGAACUUAGACGUGCAAAAGACUUUGUGAAGGACUUGUCCUACUUCUGUGAGUGCCAUGAGAGACGAACUCGAGAGCACUAUGUUCUUGCAAACUCGUCACCUGGCAGAGACACUGAGAUCCCAAAUGCUCCGAAAAUUGGAAUGAACACGCCUGCAAAUGAGAUAAGCUUUAGAGAUCGUUCAACUGGCUGCUUAUUAGAAUUGCAGUCGUUUGAUCCAGAAAAGGAUACACCAGUGGAAAUCCUCCACACGAUACUUCUUGGUGUUGCAAAGUAUAUGGUAAUUGACUUGGUUAAGGUCGUGCUUAAGAAUGACACAGCCACAAUAGCAAGACUUUCAGAAUUCUUGACAGAUUACACGCGAUCAACUGGUCUAUCAAGAAAGUUCACCCGAAACUUGAGACAUAGUAGUUCAUUCCUCAGUAGAGAUUUCAAGGUUCUGCUUCAAAUACUUCCUGUAAUUCUAAUUACAGAAUUCUCUGGAAAUCAUGAGCUAGACCUUGUAAUACCAUGCUUUGUUGAACUUGGCCGAUUGUGUUCUCUGGUAUUCGUUCGUCAGGUGACAUCAGACUUUGAUAACUAUAUUAUCAGAGUAGAUAAUGCAGUGAAGCGCUUGAUCAGAGCAUUAUUUGACUACAAUAAAGGAACCAAGAACGAGCUCCACAAGGCAUAUUGCACCAAGCCGAAAGUUCAUUACUUGACACAUCUCAAGGAAGAUAUAAUUCGUUUUGGCCCAGCCCUCAAUUAUGAAACAGAAAAGGGCGAACAGUUCAAUAAGCACAUUCGCGAACAUCUGUUUCAUACAAAUCGCCAAAACACUUCCAGGGAUGUUUGCCUAAAGUUUGCAAAGCAGGUAGCAUUGCAACAUGUAAUUGACGGCGGGUCGUGGAUUAAUAGCUCUGGCAACCAAGAGAAGUCUGGAACUGGAAUAGAGAGGUUCAUUAAGGACAACAAUGAAUCUUUGUUCUAUUACACCUUCUUUGGCGGCUCGAGAGAGCUAAAGGACAACAACAACACUGGAGAUAUUGAAGAUGACGCCGUCCAAAACAACAGUUUUGGCGCGUUUGUUUUUAAAGAUGAUCCAAUCUCUCGCCCUCGUAUAGGACUUGUCUCAGGCUCUGUUGUUAAGUUUCUUAGCAUUGUUCCUCGUACGGAUAAUGACAGAAACAAUAACUAUGCCAAGGCUGUAAUGACAGGUGAGCAUUCUGAUGUUGCUAACAUGAAUCUCGUUUGUAAGUUAGAUUUACACAUUUUCCGCAACCCAUUUUACAUUGUAAAUUUGAGCAAGUUCGGUUCCUACUGGUUCAUUUUCAAUAAUAUUCUUUUUGAUGAAUAA